GUGUGUGUGCAUGAGCAAAGCCUCUCUUGUUCACGACACGCGCGUUAUUCGCACUCUCCACCGUUGAAGGUGGAACGUAACUUUUCUCUUCCCCGAGGAGACAUCUGAACAACUGGGAAUAUAUAUUCUGUCUCAAACAUCUAAGGUGUUCGAAAAUCAUGUCAGCCUCGGCGGCGAAAGUCGGUAGAAAGGAGAACUCGAAUCAUGAUGGAGCGGACGAGACCUCCGAAAAAGAGCAACAGGAAGCUAUUGAACACAUUGACGAAGUACAGAAUGAAAUUGACAGAUUGAACGAACAGGCCAGCGAGGAGAUUUUAAAAGUAGAGCAGAAGUACAAUAAAUUACGCCAGCCGUUCUUCCAGAAGCGGUCAGAACUCAUAGCAAAAAUCCCCAACUUCUGGGUCACAACAUUUGUUAACCAUCCACAAGUUUCAGCCCUUCUUGGUGAGGAGGAUGAGGAGGCACUUCAUUACCUUACCAGGGUGGAGGUGACUGAGUUUGAGGACAUCAAGUCGGGUUACAGAAUAGAUUUUUACUUCGAUGAGAACCCGUACUUUGAGAACAAAAUUCUCUCCAAAGAGUUUCACUUGAAUGAAAGUGGGGACCCAUCUUCAAAGUCAACUGAAAUCAAAUGGAAGGCUGGAAAGGACUUGACAAAGCGUGCCAGCCAAACGCCAAACAAAGCGGGUAAGAAGAGGCAACACGAAGAACCAGAGAGCUUCUUUACCUGGUUCACAGAUCACUCCGACGCGGGGGCAGACGAACUAGGAGAGGUCGUCAAGGAUGACAUCUGGCCCAACCCGUUACAGUAUUACCUGGUCCCUGACAUGGAUGAUGAGGAAGGGGAAGGUGACGACGAUGAUGACGACGAAGAGGGCUUAGAAGACAUCGAUGAGGAAGGAGACGAGGAUGAAGGCGAGGAAGAUGACGAAGAGGAUGGAGAGGAGGACGGCGAGGAUGAUUAAGGUUGAAAGGAACAUUCCAACCUACACCUUUCCCUGUUCUUUCCUUUCAAUCAUCCUUCAACCCCUGGGAGCAAGAAUAUUUGUUUUCAUUUUAUUUUUGUAUUUUGUGCUCUCUCCUGUUCUACAAGUGUCCGCCUGUCCAUACCAUGUCUAUAGAUGCGUUAAUUUCCAGGCCAUGCCCAUAUCAGAAAGCUAGUGGCAAUCUGUCAUAAAACUACUACACGUGUCCCCGAAGACCAAUAAAAUAAAAGUACUGGCAUUCUGCACGUCGUCGUAUAUAGACCAAUAAUUUUGAAUAGCAAUUUAUACAUGUAUGAUAUAUAAAUAAGGUUUCUGUUAAAGUUGUGAGUUGAAUAAAGAGGAGUCAUGGUGCAGUGAUGAUAGCAUCUCUAGACACCUUUAAAAUAUAUAUAUACCUUUUCUUUAACGCAGCGUUUGGGGGGCCUCCUGGAGUUGACAGCUUUUUUUCUUCGUAAUGUGUUGUGCUAAUGGAAAGCAUCAGCUUCUUUCUGUCAACUGUUGUAAAUGUUUUGGGGUCGAUAUCUUGGUAUGACACAGUUAUUGUAGACCAUUAAAUGGGGUUUGGUGGGUCGAGUGGGCAUUUGGCGCAUUUGGGCUUGUUGAUUGACUUUUCAUUGUAAUGUUUUACAGACACCCAUGAGGUUUGAAAAAAUUACAUUUUUAAUAAAAACAAAACAAAAUUUCCUCUUGUAAUUUUGAGCUAAUUAACAGGUUAUUUAUAGAGAAAAUAAAGACCAUGUAUAAUCUCAUAUGGAAUCUACACUGGUGUUCUUCAUCUUUUCUACUGGAAAACUGUUCAUGUUCACCUUUAAGUGUACCGGUGUCUUUGUAAUGAUAAAUACAUGUAAUACAUUCAUGUGUAGGGUAGAGUCUGAGUGUAUUGACAGUGUUGUGUUGUGUAGGAGUAAAUAUCCACUUUAUGCUGAUCGGGAAAGAAUUGGGCGGUAGGUAGCCUAGCGGCUAAGAACGUUGGACCUGUGGCUUAAAGUUGACCGGUUUGAAUCCCGGGCCAGGCGUAAUUGAUCUGGCAACUAGAGGGCUGCUAGGUUGACUUAGCCUACCGUUUGGGCCCUUGAGCCAGGUCCUUAAAUGGGAAGUUCACUAUUACAGCUUGAUGUACCCAGUUUUCUUUAAAAUGCCAUUAUAAACUUCAUCUAACAUUAGCUACCACUAGCAAAAAAAAAUGUAUGGAGGUGAUGUGAGCAUGUAUAAAAUAAAAAGUUUAAAUCAACUUCAUAUUUGGUUUGUUCAUCUGGCCAUUUGAACCAAAAAUGAUAUAUUAUGCCCCCAUCACUUCCACAGAAUGGAUUUGUUUUGCUAGCGGAGUUUGUAAUGGCUGUUUAAAGAACUACUAUGGAUUACAGUUUUUCAUGGCUCAAGACUAUUUUCAGGGGGAAGAACCAUCUAAUAUCAAGUUGUGACAUGUUGAACUUUAACCCCACAACAUAUACAGGGGCAGCUUGUCUCAACAAAUGUGUUGUUAUUAUCUGACUGACUGUCCAGAACCUUCUACUGAUAAUCAUAUAUUUUCAAGAUCAUUUCAAGCAUUAUUAUAUAGUUAAAAGACAGCCAGUUUGUCCACUUUAAAGGGUACCUUUAAUACUGGGUUUGAAUGGGGGAUUAUUCAUUUUCAAUAGGAUCUUUGUCUACUAAAAAAUAUUUACUGGGGGGGGGUCCAGAAUAGAGGGUUGUCAAACUAAUUUUAUUUAUUUUUUGCUUUGGGGGGAGUGUGUUUUUUUUUUGGGGGGGGCCCCUAUUGCGUUUCCCCCUGGUUUACGUUUGUACUUCUGCUCGUAUUUUCCCUAUAAACAAUGGCUUGACUUUUUAUAUUACCCUAAUAAAGUUUAGAAAAGUU